CUGCUGACUAGUAUUACAGUAGACUGUGCGGAGCUAUUUGAUUCGAUUCAUCCAAGUAGUUCCUGUUCCAGUACCACUUAUGUUUAUACGCUCUAGCUGUGUUUAGAUCGCUGCAGCGCUGCUUCUAUCAGAGUGAUCAGUCCUGGAGUCGGAGUCCUAAAAUAAGCCGUCGUAAACAUGGAGGACGACGAUCCCCAGCCAGGUCCUUCACAGAGGCCACGGAGAAAUAGUCAAAGAAACCCAAAGAAUCAUAACCAAAAUAUUCGAAGGUCUACGUUCUCAAUUAGCGAAUUAAGCUGGCCAACAGGAAAUCGUCAAAAUCAACCGAUAUAUCAACAUAAUAGCCAUCGUGUCCAGCAAACAAAUGCUAACCCACAAGGACAAAAAAAUCAUGGACAAAUGAAAAGGGAUCAUAGUUCGAAUAGAUUACGACUGCAACACCACGACUUACAACAGGAACCAGAUCUAAGAACUUUUGUGAAAAAGGACCGAUUGAGAGAUAAUAAUCCGAGGUCUGGUCGAGCCACCCAAAAAAAGCGAACCAUGGGUUUUAUAGGUUUACAAAAAAUUGCUGAAUCAGAGGAGAAGGAUGUGCUUCAAAAAAUAAACGAACACCGGGAAGAUUUUUUUUGUAUUGUUAAUGCACCCAUCGAGAAACACGAUGUCUUUGUAUUAGUUGUCGAAAUUCUAUCAAAAGCCACUCAAUCACCUUUUGUUGAAUUAAAAUCAAAAUUAAUGCUUGACGUCUUUAAUACGGUUUUUAUAAAUCAUCUACGGUACUAUUUAGUGGAUUUACCUUACGACGAAAAUAAGUCCAGUAAUAACUUAUAUUGGAGGAAUCAAAUCCAGUUUUGGAAGAAUUUGUUAACAUUCUGUAGUGACAUAGUCGAUACGUCUCCAGCUAUAGCUAUAAACAGAUGUAAAGGGCUUAUAGCCGUGAUGAAAACGUGUUUGGAAAGUUUACAUGAUAAUCACGGGCUUGUGUUAUCUGAAGACUGCACUAUAAAGUUCAAUGAAAUUCGUCAAAAGAUGACUUCAUAUGAAAAUAGAUAUCAGUCUGCAUUAACAGGAAAGAAAGAAGAAAAUACUUGUCAAGAUUUGCAACCACCAGAUGACUUUCGUAAUCUGAGCUUGGUGCCGACAGUAGAGGACUUGUUCGGGUCGCACCCGUUCUUACGACCAAACAUCGUUGAAGGCCGUUAUGAAGACGUGAAACAUUACUUAGAUGUUCAGUUCCGACUUCUCCGGGAAGAUUGCUUUGGUCCAGUCCGAGAUGGUAUAAAUCAGUAUUUGGCAGACCCAAAUAAAACAAAGUAUGAUCACAUUCGACUAUUUCACAACACUCGAUUUUUGUGUCCUUAUGUUGACAAUUUAAGAGUUGGCUCUUUAAUACAAAUGGAUAUGAAAAGAUACAAACAUUUGCGUAAAAUUAACUGGAAAAACAGCAAGAGAUUCCUGUUCGGUUCUUUAGUGUUAUUCACAAAAGAUAAUUUUAAUACUUUUUUGGCUGCAACAAUUCUGCAUCGAGACGCCGACCUCCUUUCGUCUGGGAAGUUAGCAGUUUCCAUAGUAGAUGUCAAUCUAGAUGACAGUGUAUAUAACGGAGAAAUGUAUACAAUGGUCGAAAGUGAAGUUUACUUUGAAUGUUAUUACCACGUAAUGAAAUCUCUACAGGAAUGUUCAUUUCCACAACAUUUACCUAUGCAAAAGUACAUUGUAGAAGUUAGUCCUGGUUUGAAUCCUCCCGCCUAUUUAACACUAAACACAAAGUUUGUAAUUCCAAAUGAAGAAAUAAGUCCAGUUUCAAGAAGUAAUGAAAAUAACAUCGAAAUAGUGACUAAUGAGGAAUCUGAUAAACAGAUUACAAAGAAGACAUUCGAUGUCUUGCAGCCUAACACUUGGCCAACGAUGGAAGAGUUAAAUUUAAACGAAAGUCAGUACGAGGCAUAUCGUUUAGCUCUUACCCAAGAGUUUGCCGUUAUCCAAGGGCCACCGGGGACGGGUAAAACGUUCAUCGGGCUAAAAGUUGCAAAAACAUUGUUAAAUAAUAUUCAAGCUGACGGACAAUGCUUGAUGCUUGUUAUAUGUUACACCAAUCAUGCGUUAGAUCAAUUUCUUGAAGCAAUAUCUCAUGUCACUAAAUCUUUAGUACGAAUUGGGGGACAGUCUCGUAACAAAGCUAUUGAUCAGUUUAACCUGGCUACUUUAAGACGAACUUCUUUUUCACCCUCUGCAUUCCCGUCUCAUAAGUAUUUCAUUGAGCAAAGAAAUCAAGUACGACGGUCAAUGAUUGAACUUCAGUCGGCCCUUAAGACAGUCGAUGUUAUGAAUAAUGGGCUUCUCAGUUACAACUAUCUACUAGGUGAUAUUCCUGCUCUACAAGUGCUCGAUGCCUAUUACAAGGGUCAAGGAAUGGAAUUGGAAGAUCCACUAGAAUUUUGGUUAUUUGAACCGGUCUUGACUUUUAAUCCUGAUUACUAUAGAAACCUGGAAGAUUGUCUCUUAGAUUAUAAAACUUCAGUGGAUACUGAAGAGGAACUCGACAAUCGAAGAGAACGUUUAGAUUUCGACGACGAGAAUCUAGGCUCAGAUCUAUGUGAACAAGAAGAGGCUUCAUUUCUGUUAAGCAAUGCCAAAUCGAAAAUUAAAAAUUUGGUCAGUAAUUACUAUAGUACUCAAAAUGUCCAUGAAAGAAAUUUAAUAGUAAACACUAUACUGAAUCUCGAUGCUCGAAUUAAUUUAUUUAAUGAAAUGGUGACAAAUCGGGAUCGCGACGUCGUUAUCCACAUAAAUGAUAGAACCAUUUUUUCAAGAAUAACAGUACAGAAUCGGUGGUGUUUGUAUUUCACUUGGACGCGCCCUAAAGUCAUUGAAAUCAAAGAGAAAGUUGUAAAUUUACAAGCAGCAUUAUCGCCUGCGCUGGCAGCGUACGAAGAAGCCAGAAUGAUGAUGGAUGUCCAACUAUUAAAAACUAGACGCAUCAAAGUAGUGGGCAUGACUACUAGUGGAGGAGCUCGUAUGCGAAAAUUGUUGAAAACGAUUGCACCAAAAAUCGUUAUAGUGGAGGAAGCUGCAGAAGUGUUGGAGCAGCACAUAAUAACAUCACUUACCAAGUAUUGUCAACAUUUGAUACUUAUAGGUGAUCAUCAACAACUACGGCCUUCGGCGUCUCACGUGAAACUGGCAAAACGAUACAACAUAGAGGUGUCACUGUUUGAACGAAUGAUAACAAACGGAAUGCAUAGUCGUAGGCUGAAUGUGCAACAUCGAAUGCGGCCUGAAAUUGCUGCACUUAUUUCCCCUCAUAUUUAUAAAGACUUGGCUAACCACCCGUCCGUCGAAACAUUCAAAAACGUGCCAGGUUUAGAAAAAAAUGUUUAUUUCUUUACACACGACUAUCGAGAACAAGUCUCAAAUGAAGGUAACAGUCGAGAAAACCGCAAAGAAGGGGACAUGGCUUUGGCUUUGGCAAAUUAUCUGAUGAACCAAGGCUUUUCAUCUGAAGAUAUCACAAUUCUUGCAGCUUAUUCAGGACAAAAGUUUUACAUGAAAAAAGAACGCCAAAAAUAUGCAAGUUUAUCACGAGUCAAAAUAAUAGUGGUCGAUAAUUAUCAAGGCGAGGAAUCUAGAAUAAUAAUCUUGUCGCUUGUAAGAAACAACCCUGACAACCAAAUUGGAUUUCUUGGAAUAGAGAACAGAGUUUGCGUGGCUCUUUCGCGGGCAAAAGAAGGUUUUUAUAUCUUUGGAAAUAUGAAUAUGCUGAAAGCAAAAUCUGAAUUGUGGAGGAAAAUUGCAAACACUCUGGAAAAAAACGAAUCUUUGGGAUCGCAGCUGAUACUGAAAUGCCAAAAUCAUCCUGAGCAAAUAAUAAAGGUUUCUACACUGGAAGAUUUUGAAAAAUUACCCCCGGAAGGAGGAUGUUACGAAAAAUGUAAUUUUAUUUAUCCUUGUGGCCAUAAGUGUCAAUUUUACUGCCACGGGUACGACCGCCAACAUGUUGAAACGAAAUGUACUAUGAAGUGUGAAAGAGUAUGCGAGGUGGGCCAUGUUUGUCCACUGAAAUGUAGUCAAGAAUGUGCACCAUGCAAAAUUUUGGUAAUGAAAACCCUGCCAUGUGGCCACGAAAUGAGGGUUUUAUGCCAUCGCGAUCCUGAAGACCCCCUAAACCGAUGCUUGACGCAAAUUGACGUUGUGCUACCGGAUUGUCAACAUAAGGCAAAGAUUGAUUGUUACAAGGAUAUAAGUAAAGUGAAAUGUAUGGAGCCUUGUAAGUAUCGUUUGGAGAAGUGCGGCCAUGUCUGCGGUCGCAAAUGUCAUGUUAUUGAUGAUCCGAAACAUGAGACUUACGUUUGCAAAAAACCAUGUGCUCGUGCAAAAGAGGGAUGCACAGCGAAACUAAUGGGAGACCGUGGCCUUCAUCAGUGCCAAAAGAAAUGUUACGAAACAUGUGACGGUUGUACAGUUACAGUUAACAAAAAGAGGUCAACUUGUAAGCAUGCUGAAGUUGUACCGUGCAACGUCGAUAUUGACAAAAGUCCGUGCCCUAAGAAAUGCGCACGGACAAUGACAUGUGGACAUCACUGCCUUAAGAUUUGUUUCGAAGAAUGCGGAGACUGUAAUCAAAUGGUCUGGAAAGAAAUUCCGGAUUGCAGACAUAAAGUAAAGGUGCGGUGUACGAUUAGUGUAAGUCGAGACGUUUGCACGGAGACGUGCAACCGCGUACUUUCCUGUGGGCAUCCGUGCACUGACAGGUGCGCCGUUCCAUGCGACAUUACGAAGUGCACUGCGAUUACAGCUACAGAGGUGCCCUCUCCCUGUGGCCACAACGUCAAACUCCCGUGCAAUACCUUACAAUGGCAUCUAAAACACGGGACGGCGCCACCGGAGAGUGCAGUGCUGGCCGCGUGCAGCGCGGCGUGCGGCGGCGAGCUGGCGUGCGGACACGUCUGCGCAGGCAGCUGCGCGCUCUGCCGGCGCGGCGCCCUGCACGCGCCCUGCGCGCAGCGCUGCCACCAGGACAACAUCUGCGGUCACACAUGCCAGGAGCCCUGCAACCAAAUUUGCCCGCCAUGCAAAAUGCCCUGUGAAGUAAAGUGCGCGCACUCAAUGUGCAUGAAGUUGUGCAGCGAACCAUGCACUCCUUGUGAGGUGGUUAAUAGUUGGCAUCGUAUUACGUGGCUGAUAGUGCGCUGUGCUGUGGAUAACAAGGUCGUGUGUCGCAGGAGGCGUGCGGGCGGCGCUGUGUACACGGGCGGUGCACGCGGCGCUGCGGCGAGGAGUGCGAGCGCGCCGCGUGCCUCGAGCGCUGCCCGCUCCGGCUGCCUUGCGGCCAUAUGUGCCGCGGCUUAUGUGGGGAGCCCUGCCCCGACAUCUGUCAAAUCUGUCGCCCUGAGCAAUUUCCUACUGACUUCUUGGGUGAUCCUUAUGGAGAUAACGACAAGUUUAUUUUACUCGAAGAUUGUGGUCAUGUUCUGGAAAUCGACGACAUGGAUAGUUUGAUGCUGGGUGAUCAAGAAAAUAUUAAAAUACGUACUUGCCCAUUUUGUCGGAAACCAAUAAUUAAUACCAAAAGAUACAAAGAUAUAGUGAACAAAAGGUUUAAAGAAGACAUAAAUCCUAUUAAGCUUCGUGUUUAUGGAAGAAAUGAAAUAAUUUCAGCCAAAAUUACAGAACUGCAUGGUAAAAUGGAAAAAUACAAGAAACAUACUUUCGAUACUAAAGAAUUAAACACAACAUUUGAAAGCCUAAAAAAACUUGUGAAAAAUCAGGAAAAAGUGUCACUUGUGCAAGUAGAAAUGGAAUGCAUAUUCCUCAAUAUAUUUGAAUUGAUUGUUGAUUGCUGGCAACGACAUCUUAAACAAACAACCACAUUCAAGGAAGAAAUGAAUGAAUAUAUGAAUAUAUUACUAAAUGCAAUCUCGAUUAAACCAUCAAAACCACCAAAAAUGCCAGUUAAAAUUAGCGAACAACAACAGAAAGAUAUAGGGAACGAGAUUAAACGUAUGAACGCCAUUACACAUUUUAGUAAACUUUGGGACGCAUCUCAACAUUUGAAAAAUGAACCGGAGGUGAAACAACAAAUUGAAUUGACAAAAUCAAUCGUUUUCUCUAUAUUUGUAUUUUCUGAAGAUGAUGCUAUAGCGUCUCUAAAAAAGUUGCAAGACAUAGUUAAUGUGCGUCUUGAAAUCACUAAGUAUGAGCGAAAACUUAUUGUACGAGCCAUGUCCGAUUUAAAAGCUGGCAGCUGGUACAAAUGCCCCAACGGGCAUAUCUAUUGCAUUGGCGAAUGUGGCGGAGCAAACCAAAUCAGUAGGUGUCCGGAAUGCAAGGAACGUAUAGGGGGCUCAAAUCAUGAGCUACUUCCUGACAACAGCCAUGCGCCUGAAAUGGAUGGAUCAUCAUUUCCAGCUUGGUCGGAGCGAUAUAACUUGGCAAAUUUUCGUUUUGAAGAUUACUAAAUAUUUAGGAGUCCCUUUCCGCGGCGUUACUUAAUUGCAGAACGCUUUGGACUGAUGAGACCGUUUGGACGACUAAAGACGAGAUUGACUCGUCCCAGCACUUCAUUAGCGUGUGCCACAUCAUAUUCUCUUCACCAUUGAUGCAGUGAUGCACCAAACCAAGUAGUCAGCUACCAGACGCAAGAAUCUAUCUAAGCACUCUUACAUAGAAUGACAAGGAGCCAUAUCUCGAGCCAGACAUCGAAUACUGGCCGGAAUACCUCCAUGGUAUCGAUGCCAACAGUAGUAGUAGUAUAGAUUUAUGUUUUAAAUUCUAAAUACUAGAAUACUUUUUCAAAAUAAAACACCUUUAGACAAAA